AGAAAACACAGGAGCGGCGUCCACCAAAAGAAACCAAACAGCGGAAAAAGAAGGUGUAUCAGUGACGAAACAAGCUACAAGAUGAAUCACCUCAACCCCAUUGUCAAUCCGCACGAUCACCUCGCCAUCCAAAACACGAUCGCGCGGUACUGCGAAGCGCUUGAUACCAAGGAUUUCAAGCUGCUUGAUCAAGUGUUUGCUGAAGAAGUCGUGGCGAAUUAUCCGUUCAAUAAUAAGUUGGAAGGGGUCAAAGGUGUGAGGGAGGCUAUUGUGAAUAGACUCGGACCCAUCCUAACCCACCACUCCCUCACAACACAGCGCAUCACGUUCGGACACGACAGCCGCACCGCACACGCCGUGACCUACUUCGUGGGCUGCCACUUCGGGCAAGGGCCGCACGAAGGCAAAGUGCUGCAGGCGUGGGGCCAAUACAGCGACGAGCUCAUCUGCUUGGAUCGAAACAGCGCGGAUAGGGAGGGUGAAGGGGUUGCCGGCGCCAGUGGUGUGUGGAGGAUCGCUAAGAGGACGGUUGGUUUCACGAAGAGGAUUGGUGAUGAGAGGAUUAUGGAAGAAUUUUAA